CUGUCGCACCUCCGUCCUACCCCGAAGUUCCUGCGCCGUGCUCCUCCCAUUCCCUGUCUCGAGGCGUCCGUCGUCCUGCGACGCGACGACCCCAACCAGUGAAUCCAAGCACGCAGCUCACACUAUUCUCCCCCGUUCUUGACCCCUUCCUUGCCACAAACAAAACCCACCUCCCCCUCCUCGCCGGUAUGGCCUGCUCCCACCUCGCCGUGGCCUCUUCACCGGCAACCACCGGCACUGCGUUGUGCUCUGGGGCGACAUCCCCCGCCACCGGUUUCGCGCGCCUUCCCGCGACUCGUCGUCCUGAGAAAGGCUUGUUGGCCCUCAAUGGUAGGAGGGCCAUGAAGCCGGUGGUCGCUGCCGCCGGGUCGACCGCACCGGCACCGGUGAAGAAGCCCAUCAUCGUUAUCGACAACUACAAUAGCUUUACCUACAACCUGUGCCAGUAUAUGGGGGAGCUUGGAGUACAUUUUGAGGUGUACCGUAAUGAUGAACUUACCAUAGAGGACGUAAAGAGGAUGAAGCCACGAGGAAUACUUAUUUCUCCAGGGCCUAGCGUACCACAAGAUUCAGGUAUAUCAUUGCAGACUGUUCUGGAACUCGGGCCAACCAUCCCAAUAUUCGGAGUUUGCAUGGGUCUGCAAUGCAUUGGAGAGGCUUUUACAGGGAAGAUUAUUCGCGUUCCUUCUGGUGUGAUGCAUGGAAAAAGCUCCCCAGUUCACUAUGACGAAGUUCUAGGAAAGGCCAUAUUUGAGGGCUUGUCAAACCCUUUUACCGCUGCAAGAUAUCAUAGCUUGGUCAUUGAGAAGGAAAGCUUCCCACACGACGAACUGGAAAUCACGGCAUGGACUGAAGAUGGACUUAUCAUGGCCGCCCGCCACAAGAAGUACAAGCAUAUCCAGGGGGUCCAGUUUCACCCAGAGAGUAUCAUCACCCCUGAAGGCAAGAGAAUCAUCCUCAACUUUGCGAGAUACGUCGAGGAGUUUGAGAAGCAGACCUCGGGGACUCAGUAGGGAACUAGAGUAAUCGAGAAGUAGAGCACUUAGGGGAACUAGAUAGAUGCUGUUAUAUUGUUACGUAUUAUUUUCCGCGGGAAAGCCUGCUUACUUGUGGUCUCGAUUAGUAUCCUCAUUUUGCUUAGUAGCACUAUUUCAACUUCAAGGAAUUGCCACACAUGCAUGCAUGUGUUUUGUGUAUGGUACUGUUGAUAUA